AUGAUUUUCAUAAUUCAAAAAAAUAGCGCCGCCCGGUUUCGAUCCGGGGACAUCAGGGUUAUGAGCCCUGCGCGCUUCCACUGCGCCACGGCGCUGAAUCCGUUGUUUAUAUUAAAUUCUGUAUCGUGUAGUAAUACGGAAGAAUUGAAAGUUAUUCUAUUGGAAUGA